GCGAAUACGGUCGGAUGUGCGCUUCGCUUCACGUGGAGCCGCCGCAUCAUUUCUCGCGUUUUUGCUCUAGUUUUUUUUUGUUAUUCGCUUCUCGAAAUGGCUACAUUCCACCGCUGAUUGUUGUGUUUGAUUUUUCUAUUGCUGUACAGUUUGUUUUUCCUUUGUGCAUUGUUUUGAUACCGAUAGGUUGAAGGAAAUCGUGGCCUUCUCGGCGGUUGCCUACUAGAUCGAAGUCGAAUCGGUUGCGCACUGAGGUGAGAUCGUCACACUCAAAUAGAACCGUGAUGAUCGGAAGCGAAGAAGAAGAAGAAAACCGAGUGAUUUCGUGAUAACGCCAUUAGCCAAAUUUAUCGGCACCACGGCAGAGACCAGGGAUUAGGAUCCGAUUUGGCGACAACGCAGUUGGAAUGUGUGCGAAUGGAAAUAUCUCCUCCCGGAAUGUGAUAAGUGUUAAUCGUCGAAGGCCAGCGCGGGGUCAGCGAAGAUUAUCAAGCGUUUUGAUAGUGUAGCGUGAUUUGGUAGAACAGAGCGAGAAAAAAAUGGAAGUCGUCAUCGACCGUUGUCAGUCUAGGGGAGGGUUGUUAGCUGUUGUGUUACCAUACAUGGGUGAAAAGUGCAAUCCACAAAACGGUAGUUAAUUGUGUGCAAUCUUACCCACCGUGAGGCGGCCGCAAUUUUAUACAACCCGGGUUUAUAGGCGCACAUUGCUAGAAUAUAGCCGCAAUAGCACGCGAUCAUCGCACCGUGUCAAAACGUCUGCUUAGUUAGGGUGGCUGAAUUGAAUUGUUCAACAAUAGAAAAAAAAACUACAAAAUACGCAAGCUGCUUGUCUUUUAUUUUAUCCUUCAUAAUAAUGGAAUGUAAAUAUUUUCCACAUAUGCAAUAUUUAUCGCUCUAAUCUAUCAAAAUCUGAGGUAUCUGUGAGCAGGGUUUUUAACACUUUAAACUCGACUAAUUGAACAACUUGAAGUUUCAUUUCUUUUUUAUAAACUUUUUAGAAGACUUUACCAAUGAUGUUUUACUAUUUGUUACUUGUCCUCAACGAUUUUGCAAACAAAUUUGAAAUAAUGAAAAAAAUAUGAAUAACCCAGAGAAAUCCUGACAUCAGAGCUACAAAAAUGAUCUCAGAACAAUGCUUUAAAGAAAAAAAUAAAAUAAACGUGGGCUUCAAAGAGAAAAAAAAACCUGACGAGACUAAUAUUUUCUCACAGCAAAAGUUAUUGCUUUCGCUGUACGGAACUUUACCAGCUCAAACCGGUAAAUAAACUAACAUUGUAGUAACCUAUUUCAGGUGCACUUAAAAUUCGGUCACCCUAUUUUACUGCAGCCCUCCAUGUAAACGCGAUUGGACUACACUAUAGGAAGAGUGGGUGGCAGUGAGCAAUACACGGCCGCCGCCCGUCGGAUGCACAUUUGCGUAUUGCAGAAGGCGGCGGAAAAGGCGACCAAGCGUUUGAAUAUUUUAUGGGAAAUUUGCACACCGGACCGUUGCACCCGCACCCGCAACCCUUGAUCUUUUCAUUUCGUUGCUAAAAAACAUUAUAUCUGUGUCGUGAUAAAUGGCGGUUUCAAUUGAUGCAACGAAGAAACGAUUGCUUCGAUCUGAUUGCUGCUAGUAACGAUGGCGUUGGCUGGUUGACUGGAAGGAUUCGAGGCGCACAUGUGUUGAAGCUCCGAAAAGGUGAAGGAAAAUAGUGUAAAAAUACCGAAAAUUGUAGUGAUUUGCAGUAAAGUGGAGUCACAAGGUGGUUCCGAGAAAUAGAGAAGAAAAGCUGAAUAAUCGAACAACAUGAACAGCGUGUAUCAAAAAGUGAACCAACUGGAAGAUGGCGAGGAGCGCGAUCUGACUGACACAGUCAGCUCACAACAUCAUCACCACCAGCAUCAACAAACUCAGCAGCUUCUCUUCCAAUCGCGCCCACCCCGAAUAACAACCUCCAGCGGUUCCCUCGAUUACGACUACUACGAGGACAUGGACGAACGGGACAGCAUCUAUCUGGACGCUGUAUCCGUCAGUUCCGAUGGUAACCCAAACCGGAAAUCGUUGUACCUAUCCCGACAAACUGUGUACCAUUCGGCGGAGGAACUUCCGUUGGAUUCAGUGAAUGGCGGUGGUGUCAACGAUGACGACACUUUGCGCAGUGUCAAAACUACCACCGAAUCGCUGCUCAACGAUUCCCGUGCCAACGGUGGUCUGGUGAAUAUGCCGUACGAACCACGAGUCAACAGUGCUUCCGCAGCGGGGGUCGGCGGCGUCGGUGGUGGGAUCCUGAAGCGUCCCGGCUUGACCACCAAAUACAACGAAGAGGUGGUUAAUCAUGAUUCCAGUUUUCGUUCCACUUCUCAAACCAUUAGCACUAACACCGAUGAUGACCGUAAGCAUGAGCCAAGACAGAUUGUUACAUAUUCGCUGUGGAAAUCUAGGACAUGGAACCGCUUCCAGGACGGACGUCGCGUGGUCGACUUCAUACUUGCCUUCAACGGUCAGGACCCGUGCGAAUUGGCAGCCCGAAAGCGAGCCAUCUUCCAGCAGAACCUGAUCCACGAGGGACUCGAGAUUGAGCUGGAAAGUUCCCAGCGGAUUCAUUUCGUCAAAAUCCACGUCCCACAGGAGGUCGUCUCGCGGUACUGCGAAAUCAUGAAGAUGCACAUGCCGAUCGUCAAACUGAAGGAACAGGAGAACAUCCUGCCGAAGGAUUUCAGUUUGAGCGAUACGCUGGCGAGACUGUUUCGGCGUCCGCUGUUCAAGUUCGUCAUAAUCGAUCGGGACAAGUUCCGAAAAAAAGAGUACCGCCUACAGCACGAGUACUGCCGGGAGAAGUCGUACCUGUUCGAUGACAGUCAGGCGGACUUUUUCACACCGACCAUUCGGAUAUCGGUGGCUCAUUUCAUUUUGCAGCGGACGUAUUUUAGCGAUAGCGAAGAGGAAAAGUUUGACAUUGGACUGCGGAAGCUGCUGAACGAUGGCGUUUAUUUGGACGCGUAUCCAUUGCAUGAUGGUAGUCCGGAUCUGCCGGAAUUGGAAUGCCAACGAACACUGCUGCUAGAGGAGUGGGCUUCCGUCGUACGGUGGAUCAAGCAUCAACCGCUGGAUCACAUCAAGGAGUACUUCGGGGUGAAGGUUGCCAUGUACUUCGCGUGGUUGGGUUUCUACACGCACAUGCUGAUUUCAGCUUCAGUCGUAGGGUUGAUAUGCUUUUUCUACGGGCUACUAACGUUCCGAAGCAAUCGAAUUAGUCAGGAGAUAUGCAACGAUAGCGGAACGGUUAUGUGUCCCCAGUGCGAUGCUAAGUGCGACUAUUGGUAUCUGAAUUCGACCUGUACGACCUCGCAGUUGGCGCAUAUUUUCGAUAACAACUUAACCAUCGUCUUUGCGGUGUUUAUGUCGAUUUGGGCCACGCUCUAUCUGGAAAUGUGGAAACGGUACUCUUCCGCCAUCCAGCACAGUUGGGGCGUCACGGAUUACUGUUCGCUAGCGGAACCACCCCGACCUCAAUAUCUUGCCAGACUGAAAGACAGCAAGAAAACGAUUUUUAACAUUGUCACCGGUACGCAAGAACCAUCGCCACCUUUCUGGACGAAACGCUUACCUAGCUUCAUAUACAGCUAUUCGGUGAUAUUUCUUUUUAUUGUCCUCGCAAUCGGUGCCGUAUUCGGCAUCGUCAUCUACCGCAUGUCACUGAUGACUUCGCGUAACAUCUACGGCAGUCCGGAUGCCGUCAGUACCAAGCUGCUGCUACUCCCAGCGACAGCAGCAGUCAUCAAUCUGCUCGUUUCGACGGUUCUGAAUUACGUGUACGACUACGUUGCGGUUUACAUGACCGAUAUCGAGUACCGACGGACGCAGAGCGAGUACAACGAAAGCCUUACGCUGAAGAUCUAUCUGUUUCAGUUCAUCAAUUACUACACAUCGAUAUUCUACAUUGCCUUUAUGAAGGGAAAGUUUACUGGCUAUCCGGCCAAGUACAACCGGAUACUGACUUUUCGGCAGGAGGAAUGCAGUCCUGGUGGGUGUCUGAUGGAACUUUGCAUCCAGCUGGCGAUCAUCAUGGUCGGCAAACAGUUGAUUUCAUUGGUGCUGGAGAUUCUGUUGCCGUUUCUGUGGCAGAAAUUCCGCGAGUUUAGAAGCGUGCUUGGGAUUGAAUCGGAGGAUUCGGAAAACGGGGAGAAGCUGAUCUGUUGUAAUCAGUGGACUAAAGAUUUCACCCUGAUCAGCUGGCAUGAUCGGAGUUUGUUUGAGGAGUAUCUGAAAAUGAUCAUUCAAUACGGAUUCAUUACCAUCUUUGUGGUAGCUUUCCCGCUGGCUCCAUUGUUUGCUCUGCUGAAUAACGUGUUCGAGACGAGAUUGGAUGCGAAAAAGUUCCUCCUGUACUAUAAACGAUCCGUCCCGCAACGGGUUAGGGAUAUCGGCAUCUGGUACAAUGUGAUGCAUGUGUUGGGGAAAAUUGCGGUUAUUUCGAGCGCAUUCAUCAUCGCCUUCUCGUCCAACUUCAUCCCCCGACUGGUCUACAUGUACGUGGUAAGCCCAACCAAAACGGACAAUGGAUUCGUCAAUCACACCCUGGCCUAUUUCAACGUGAGCGAUUUUGAAUCCGGCGUUGCACCGUUGCAAUCCAAUUACGAAAAUGUAACCGUUUGCCGCUACCAGGAGUAUCGGAAUCCACCAGGAGUGGAACGUGCCUACAAGCGACCGUUGAUCUACUGGCACAUACUUGCCAUCCGGUUGGCCUUCGUAGUGAUCUAUCAGAACGUGGUUAGCUUCGUGCAGAUUGUGGUUGCUUGGGCUAUCCCGGAUACACCCGGCCGGCUGCAGGAUCAAAUCAAGCGGGAACAGUAUCUGACGAAUGAGUUCAUCAUUCAGCAGGAGAAGCUGCGGACGAACAGAAAGUGUAGGGAUGUUAGUUUGCAACGGAAUGGUUCGGUGGUGGUUAGACAGCAGAGCAGUACCGAUGAGUACGGUGGUGGACCAGCUAGUCUCACGGAGGAUGACGAAGAUGAGUAUGCGAUGAGACAGCGGAGGCGACCGAACAGUGACCCUUACCAUCAUGAACCUUUCCAGGAGUGUGAUAUAGUAACCUCCCGGGUUUAGGUUGGCUGAGUGGCUCGAAGCAUGUGUAAAGUUACCUAAGACAAACUUGUUGCUGGCGCCGACGGUAGAGGAGCUAAUACUACAGACAACUCGAACGAUCAAACCGUACUGAUAUGCCUUUUGGUGUUAUUUUUUUAGUUGUAUAAGGAAACAAGUGUUAGUGUAAGAUACCUGCGAAGCUUUUCAAUGUCGAGAAGAAGACACAACUUUACUCGAAAUGCCAAUUUUGAACAAAAUCGUUUCACUGCACAAAACCAAAUUGAAUGGACAAAUGUGAACAACAAAUUGUUUGUAAAUGUUAUACACUAUUCAUGCUGAUGAUUGGACGUACAUUGAACAUCUAUUUAUUUGUAUUUAGAUAAAACAAAUCUAAUAAAUCUUUUUAAAGAACUCAAUCUCCGUU